AUGCCUUCCAAUUGUAAUGAAUCAAUAAGGUCAUGUGCAUUUUAUAGACCGCCUCACUUGCGAAAUGCAUGUCCUACAAAUUUGGUUCCUACAACCAAAGUAGAAACUGUAGAUUCAGUGAACAACAAUACUAUCAAUUGUGUGAAUAAUAAUAAUGCAAAGUUACCGAAUUUGCAAAGUAAAGGGUUAUGUACCAAGUUAUAUGUACCACCAGCUAGACGCAAUUUGAACAAUGUGACCAAUGUGGGUCUCUCUAAGUAUUUUGAUUGUAAAUUCAAGGGAACUCGCACAGAAUAUUCAAAAAAGCUUGCAGAAUCAACUACUGUGUAUGUUGGACAUUUAAAUUUGCUUUCUACUGAAGCGGAUGUCCAUAAGCUAUUUUCAGAGGCAGGAAAAAUAAAAACCAUUAUCAUGGGUUUGGAUAAACAAACUUUAUGUCCUGGUGGAUUUUGCUUUGUUGAGUAUGAAACAAGAGCCGAAACGGAAUAUUGCAUGAAAACUAUGAAUGGUAUAGUAUUGGAUGGGAAACAGUUGUUAGUCGAUUGGGAUGCUGGAUUCAUUGAAGGACGUCAAUAUAGCCGCGUUAAAAGAAAUCAACAAAGGUCCUAUAUGCAUCCAAACACUAAAAAGUAA